AUGAAGCUCGAUACCAAGGCACUGCGGUAUCUUGCAUCCGAGGACUGGAACGUCCUCGCUGCUGUUGAGCGUGGGAGCCGAGACCACGAGCUCGUGCCAACAUCACUGAUUGAGAAGUAUGCUCGCGUAAAGGGCGGUGUCAACGGCGUUCACAGGUCCAUCUCGGCCCUCGCCAAAGUUGGUCUCAUAGCGCGUGUCAAGGAGGCCAAGUAUGACGGAUACCGCUUCACAUACGGUGGCUUCGACUACCUUGCCCUUCACGACCUCUCAAAACGCAAGGAGAUCUACAGCGUGGGAAGCCGCGUUGGCGUAGGAAAAGAGAGCGACAUUACGAUGGUGGCAGACCAUGAGGGCGUUCAGAAGAUUCUCAAGAUCCAUCGCCUUGGACGCAUCUCGUUCAGGUCCGUCAAGACAAACCGAGACUAUCUCAAGAACCGCCAGUCGGGAUCCUGGCAAUACCUGUCGCGACUGGCCGCCAUGAAGGAGUUUGCAUUUAUGAAGGUCCUCCGCGAAGAAGGGUUCCCGAUCCCGGAGCCUAUUGCGCAGUCAAGGCACACGGUUCUCAUGGAGUUUGUCGACUCGACUCUGAUGCGUCAAAUCUCGGCAGUGCCCGACCCGGCGACGCUGUAUGGCGACUUGAUCGACCUCAUCCUUCGAUUCGCCAAGCACGGUCUCAUUCACGGCGACUUCAACGAAUUCAACCUCCUCAUCAAGGAAGUGUCUUCCGUCGAGUUCACCGAGGCUGGCGAGGAGAAGGAGACAAUCACCCUGGUGCCCAUUGUCAUUGACUUCCCGCAGAUGGUCUCCAUGGACCACGUCAACGCCGAGAUGUACUUUGACCGCGAUGUCAACUGCAUCAAGCGCUUCUUCGAACGCAAGUUCGACUUUGUCAGCACAACGCCGGGGCCGUUCUUCAAGGAUGCGAAGAAGACGCUGGGGAGGGACGGCGUGCGGCGAUUGGACGCCGCUGCCGAAGCGUCCGGCUUCACGAAGAAGAUGGCCAAGGAUCUCGAAAAGGCGAUUCGUGAGCAGGAGACGCUCAAGGAACAGAAUGGGGGUCAAGACGAUGACGACGAUGACGACGACGAAGAUGGUGACGAAGACGAGGAGCAGGAGGGUUUUGGCAGCGAAGAGACGGAAAGCACAGCGAUAGACGCAGCCGGCAACACACUCGAGCAAGACCGGACACCAGAGACCGAAGAGGUCGACACGCAGAGGUUAUCGAAGCUGGCGAUUGCAGACGGUACGUAG